UCAGUUGGGUGGAGACUCCUGUGGCUGAGCAGCAGUAUGAACUCAGGCUACUUACAAGGGAGCCCCAGCCCAGACCUGAUCAUUCACUCCCAGCAAGCAUGGUGACCACCCGCAGCCAGUCCUUUAGGGUCCUCCGGCCCUCCUAUGACCAACUGCAGGAGAUGUGGGGGGAGCCCUUAGAAUCCAAGGGGCUGAGUCCUGUAGUCCCCAAAGGGCACCAGAAGGCCCCCCGAUUCCAGAGGUCCCUUAGCUUCCGACACCGCAGAGAGAAGCCUCACUCCUGGCGACAGGAAACCAGCUCUGGCCUCCCUGAAGGGCUGGACACUCCUGCUCACGAAUUCCCCACUGUGAGUCUGGGGGACACAGAGCAGCUGAUCCAAGGCAAGAGUCAUGGGAAGCAGAGAAUGCAACAGUACAAGAAGCAGAUGAAUUAUGCUCUGAGAAGAACAUGGGGGAACUUUGUGGCCAACCUCCCGGGGGUGACCCUCAGCCGCCCGAUGUCCCCUAGUCCCUCCCUGGACACCAGCAGCUGAAGGAGAUGUUGGGAGGACACCUCCCCUCUCGGACUCCUCUGGGGCCCGUGAUGACCCGGCACUUUUGUUGGGACUUUUCUGGACUCCUCUGUAUGGACUGCUGCUCCAGCUUCUGCCCAAUGGCCGGCUCCUUUCUGUUCUAGGCACUUUAUGUAUACACUUGGCAACUUUAUCAUUUCCAGGCAUUUCCCCUCCUCAGCCGGGAGGAGGUCUCUUCGUGGGGCUUGGCCAGAUUAUCGGUAGAUUUUCUACGCUGUUUGCAGAUCAUGCAUUCCCUCCAGGCUUCCCUCCUGGGGCUCUGAAGUUAGAGGCAGCUGUUCUCUCUGGGGCUCUGCCCUCUGAAGAGGAGACUGCUGCUUGGGCCGGAGGACAUGCCCCUCGGCUGGUCACAGGUGUCUCUUGCCGUUUCUAUGAUGAGGGACCCAGAGACUGGAGGGUUGGUGAAGCCAGAUUCCUGGCUGAAACCCUCCCUGGCUUCCAGCCCUCUCUCUGAGACCUCUUUGCUGAGACCCUCGUCUUCUGUGUUUUCCCUGGCUGUCUGCCACGGUGGGAUGCUCUUCCCUCCUCAUCUCUACCUGGCUCACUAUAGUCCCAGCUGCAAUUCUGCCACCUCCUUUCCUCACCCCCCUCCGUUCUGGGUCUUCCUUGUAUCCACUACCUCCUAUCUACCACGGACGUUCACACGUGGCCCUUUGCCUGUGGUCUCCCCUAUUAGACCAUGAGCUCUCGGGACAGCAAGGGAAGCUUUGGCCUUCCCGGUGCUUAGCUUAGCAGGGUGUCUGACGCAUAGCAGACACUUAGUGAAAGCUUAUGGACUGACCGAUUGGCCAGUGAAAGCCUGGCCUCUGAUCCCUGCCUAUUUCUCCAUGUGUGAGCACGGAUCCAACUCCUUGGCUGUUCUGAGGGGAUGGCCGAGGUCCGCCCGCAUGCCGGACCUAUGAUUGUCAUCCAUCCACACAGACUCCUUUACUGGGCGUUCGGCAAUACCUGGGCUAGCCUGGAAGUGGGUGUGGCUAUGCCAGGAGGGGUGAGAGAGACAGAGGAAGCUGCUUCCAUGACCUCCCCUCCCGGUUGAUGCCCCUCUUCUGGCCCGAAGAGACCCAGGACAGGGGCGGGGGUGGGGUGGGGUGGGGUGUGCGCGCGGCCCCUGCCCUCCACCCCUCAGCCCACGCCACGCCCCUCCCAGACUGGUAUUCACAUUGACAAUGUGACGGUGUCUCGCCUCUGUACCGGAUAUGAAUCACCCAUUUGUUUAGUAUCUUUUUAAUAAAAACCAGAUGCUAUCUCAAA